UCAUGUGUUUCUGUUCUUCUGUAAAGAAGACUCAUACCAUCCUGCUGCUACCAGCUCUUUGACUUGUUUUCACCUCUGGAUUAUCUCUGGAAAAGACAUGUCCACAUCUGUGCAGGUAGAACCAGUCAUGGAGAUAUCCUAUGAUGGAGUCGGUCGCUGUAAGUGCUCGUUCUGGUUCGCAGUGGCCCACGACAUACUCGGCGUCUUCAUCAUGAUGGUGGGGGUGUUUGGAGGACUGGUGGUCCAUGACUUGUUUAUCUACGCGGGGGCCAUCGUCAUCUUCCUCAGCCUCAUCUGGUGGGUGUUCUGGUACUCGGGGAACAUCGACGUGCCACCUGAGGAGCUGGAGGACGACGUGGGAAUGAUAAAGCUGAAGAACAGAGGACUCAGCCAGGCUGUGAAACGUGUGUCUGGACGUCUUUCCAACACAAUCAGGAACUCUUUCCGGAGGAAUAACAGAUCUUUCAGAGAGGACAACAACAUUCCUUCAAGCACUAAUGCAGAGGUGUCUUUGUCCACUAUCUUUGACAACAACAUGGCCUCCUCCUCUAAGGAACUCUACCGAGAGACACUGUCAGUAUGAACCAACACAGCACAGACUGCGUGGGACACCCAAAGACACUGAACUUGGAUUUUUUUGUUUACUUUACUAGUUAAUUUAUUUAGUUGAAAGGAAUGUUGUGCUUGCUUUGCUGACAUUCACUGGUAAUAAUUAGACAGUGCCAGAGCCUCGUGGAGAUACAAUCAUCAAGAUCUUAUCUUGCUGAUAAGAUGUAAACCUUGUACACAAUACCAGAGUUACACAUGGCUGCAAAUGAACCACAAGACUGUCAAUGUUCACUCUUUUUAAAGUCAUGUUUGGUUGAUUCACUGAAAUUUCAAAGAAGUGAUGAUACUGACUGUAAAUAGAAAAAAAAAUCAGUGACAAUUUUAUGAUGAUGCUGAAUUUUGUUAAAAUAUGUCACCAGAUGUCAGAUGCACGAUUCUCAUAUCUCUUGAUGCUGCAUUAGGAGCAGCACAUUGCAAAAUUGGAAUUAAUUGCAAUAUGGAAUAGCAUUCAUGUUAUCUAAAGAAGUUAUUCUUUAUGUGUGCAUUAUCCCCAUUAAGUUGAAGACCUGUGCAGAAAGCCUGAACUGUCACAACAUUUUGGAGCCAGCCUACUGAUAAUCUACCCUACGAUUAACAGGUGCAAAUUUAUUUGUGGAAAAUAAGCUGUUGGAUUCAGGACAGACAUGGUGCAAAUAUGUAUUGUGUAAAACAUGGAGAUAGACACAAUGUUUUGUACUUUUUCAUAUAGCAAUAUAUACUUCAGGAUGAAAAGAGGUGGCAGAGCUGGCUUUUUUAAUGUCCCAAAGAUCCAGAAUACAGAAGCAUACUCUGUUUUUCUGAAUUACAUACAAUAUUACAUCAGAAUGGCAAGAUAGCAAUGCCUCUAACUCCAAAAGACAGCCAAAUUUUUUUUUAGGUUUGUCAAACAAUUAAAAACUUAGUUGUGAUUAUUCCCUGAAUUUCUGUAGUUAAUCACAAUCACUCUAAAAAACAGAAACAUACACUUGGAAAGACAUUUCUCAGGGAGGAAUAAAGAAUAUAAGAUUCUCUUGUGAAUGCAAUACGCUGCCGUUCUAACCUGGCACGCCAGAUGGAUUUGUUUCACACCUCCAUCUGGAAAACCACUCAUAGACAGCAUUUGGGAAAGGACAGAGCCUUUGAAGAAAAAAAUUCAGAGGAUGAU